CGGAAAGUUUCUAGAAUUACCCAUCUUUAUUAGGUUGCACCGGUGAUGUGGCAUGCGAAUUGUUGGAAGAUGAAGUUUUCGUUAUUUUGGCUUGCAAUAGUGAGCCUUCUCCCAUUGUAUCUUGGAGCAAAAGAGAAUCUAAUCCAAGAAAUUGAUGAUCUCAAAGAAUUUAAGAAAUAUAUAAAAACAAAACCUAAUGUUUUGGUUGUGUUUGCUAAAAACAGUAAAUCUUUAUCCCAGUAUAAAUCAAUAUUCAGUGAAGUUUCCCUAGAAAUGAAAGGCAAGGCUUCGUUGGUCAUCGUCGACUGUAGUGAUGCCAAAAAGUUGUGUAAAAACAUGAAAGUAAACCCAGCUACUAUUGAGUUAAAGCAUUACAAGGGUGGAAAUUUUAAUAAAGAUUAUGACAGAAAGAUGGUUACAAAGUCGAUGGUAAAUUUUCUACUUGACCCCACGGGAGACAUUCCUUGGGAGGAGGAGUCCGGAGCAGAAGAUGUGGUCCAUGUAGAGUCCCCCAAGUCAUUCUACAAAAUGCUCAGAAAACAGAAACAGCCCAUGCUGGUCAUGUUUUAUGCUCCGUGGUGUGGAUUUUGUAAAAGAUUGAAGCCUGAUUUUGCAGCAGCAGCCACAUCCCUGAAAGGAGAAGCAGUGCUUGCUGGGAUAGAUGUAGACAAACCCCAUCAGAUGGAGCUGCGACAGGAGUACAAUAUCACUGGAUUUCCCACUCUUUUUUACUUUGAAAAUGGAAAGAAGAAAUUUUCUUAUGGAGGAGAAAAUAAUAAAGAUGGAAUUCUCAGCUGGAUGAAAGACCCCAAGCCUCCCCAACCCAAAGAGGAAGAGAAAGCCUGGUCAGACGAGCCAUCGGACGUUGUUCAUUUGACAGAUGACAACUUUUCCACGAUCCUGGCAGAAAAUCCAUCAGUGCUGGUCAUGUUUUAUGCUCCUUGGUGUGGUCAUUGUAAAAGCAUGAAACCUGAGUACACAAAAGCAGCUGCCACAAUGAAAAAGGAGAAUAUUGCUGGAGUCCUGGCAGCUGUUGAUGCUACAAAAGAAAAGAAAUUUGGUGACCAGUUCAAGAUCACAGGUUUCCCUACUGUCAAAUACUUCAAGGAUGGCGAGUUUGCCUUUGAUAUCAGUGAGAGAACAGAGGAUAAAAUUGUUGGAUUUAUGAAAGAUCCAUCAGAACCGCCCCCUCCUCCACCCCCAGAGGAGAACUGGGCAGAUGUACCCAGUGACGUGAUACACCUGACAGAUGAAACAUUCAAAUCAACGCUUCGCAAGAAGAAGCAUGGCUUGGUCAUGUUCUACGCGCCAUGGUGUGGACAUUGUAAGAAGGCAAAACCAGAGUUCCAAAAUGCUGCUGCCAAGUUAGCAGAUGACACAAAAGUAGCUUUUUCUGCAGUAGAUUGUACAGUUCACCAGGCCUUGUGUUCACAGAAUGAGGUUACAGGAUACCCCACACUGAAAUAUUUCAAUUACGGCAAGAAUCCACAGAAUUACAUGGGAGGUCGAGAGGAGGCAGAUUUUGUGAAGUUCAUGCAGGACCCAUCCAACCCAGGAGCCACCCCACCCCCUCCCCCAGCAGAGCCCCCAGAGAAGCAGUGGGCUGACAUCAAUGGAAUGGAAAACCUACAUUUCUUGACUGCCUCAAACUUUGACACUUUCAUUCAGGAUCACAAAUCUGUUUUGGUCAUGUUUUAUGCUCCAUGGUGUGGUCAUUGUAAAGCUAUGAAGCCUGCCUAUGGUGAAGCUGCAUCCAAAUUAAAACAACAAAAGAUUGAUGGCGUUUUGGCAGCAGUGGAUGCCACAGCUGAACCAUCCGUGGCUAAUCGGUUCAACAUCCGAGGAUAUCCAACAUUGAAAUAUUUCAAAAAUGGUCAAGAAGCCUUCGAUUAUCAAAGUGGAAGAACUACAGAUGAUCUGGUGUCUUUCCUGAAAGAUCCCAAGGAGCCAGCCCCUCCUCCAGCUCCAGAGCCUGCCUGGAGCACUGUUCCUAGUCAAGUCAACCACCUGACCUCUAAAGACUUCAAAUCAUUCCUCAAAUCCAAGGCCAGUGUCCUUGUUAUGUUUUAUGCCCCUUGGUGUGGGCACUGUAAGAAAGCCAAGCCUGAGUUCCAGGCAGCCGCAGACAAGCUGGCUAAGGAGUCCAAAGUAAAGGCGUUUGCGGCUAUGGAUUGCACAACCAAUGAAGAUGUAUGCAGUGCAGAGAAAAUAGAAGGAUACCCCACAAUAAAACUUUAUAGUGAUGGAAAUUUUAUGGCAGAUUAUAAUGAUGAUAGAAAGACCGAUUCAUUUUAUAACUUUUUAAAACUUGCGCCAGUAGUGAAAGAGGAGCUGUAAUACAUGUAUAACUGUUUAUCACUAGUUUAAUAAAUUAUUCAAAAUAUAUCUACA